UUGUAAGCUCACCCAGCAAUUGUGCCGCGCUGUUUUCCACCGUAAUUCUCGGCGGCAGCGGAGUGUAACAUGUCCACAAACAUGCCGCCGGGCAGCCUGAACCUGGAGUCACAGCUUUUGUCCAUCAUGGACGUGCUGGUGAAAGCAGCGGUGGCGGAAAUCAGUCAGCUGUUCUCGGAGAGCUCGGCUUCUCUCCGCCUGCAUUUAACCCAGAGCCUGAAGGAAAACGAAGCCCUGAGGACGAGGAUGAAGGGGAUGAGGAGCGAGCUCUUCUCCCUCCGACUGCAGACCAGGACGAACCGGCCGGCGAGCCGCUUCUCUCCCAUCAGAGGAAAUGUACCCAAACCACGGGCUAAAUCACAAGUUGUCAUUAAGUCACGCGUGGAUCAAAAGGCUGCUGGAGAUGCUGUUUCUAUGUCUCUACAGUCAGAGAACAAGACUUCCUCCUCUGUCACUCAAGUGCAGUGCGCAGAUGUGGAGAGUCCAGAUGUCAUCCUGAUCAAAGAUGAAGACGACGCUGGAGUAUGCGGAGCAGUUGUUAGUCAGGAUGACUUUGGGAGCCACAGUACGCAGGGAGAUGUUGCCACAGGGACUCAGAAUUUAGAGCCUGCUGGUUCCUCCUGCCUGACAGGUGAUAAUGAGGGGCUGAGAAUCGUGAGUGUUCACGGCCGAGGAGAAGGGCCUCUGCAGGAGGAGAGCGACACUCUCUUCACUGCUUCUGAACUUCAGGCCUUUAGCUCUCUGUCUCCAGACCACAGCGUCGCCCAUGACAGUCUCCUUAAUUUCACCACGGGUGCUAAUGACAGAGCACCAAUGAGAGUGAUGCAGGACAACAGUGUCACACUGGUGAACAGUCAGCUGGAAAGAAAUCACUCCACUCAAAUGGCUUCAACCACAUUGAAUUCUGCAAUAAAAGCAAUAGCUGAUGGUCAAGUGGGGCACUCCAGUCAUAUCAGCCAGUUCGCCCAGCAGCAGAACGUCUUCCCUCACACUGUCAACAAAUCUCUGGAUUGCAGCUUCUGUGGCGAGCGCUUCCUCAGCCGAGAAGACCUGAUUGUUCACCGGGCGACGCACACUGGAGAGUCGCCCGUUCCAUGCUCCUUGUGCGGCAAGUCAUUCGUCAACAAGACCACGCUGAGCAUCCACAUGCGCAUUCACACAGGCGAGAAGCCGUACGCUUGUCCUCAGUGUGGAAAGCGCUUCACGCAGAACGGCAGCCUGAAGAUCCACCUUAGGACUCACUCCGGAGAGAAGCCGUACACCUGCAAUCAGUGCAACUCCAGCUUUAACAACCCCAGCAACCUGCGCAGACACAUGAUCACACACAGCAGUAACGGGGUGCUCUGACCAUGACUGAUCAAGAGAUUUAAAGGGUUUUAACAUGAGUUUUACAGUUUUUUAGAAUGUUAUUUCUACUGACACUUGUGCCACAAUGUAUAUUUUGGGGAAAGGUGUUUGUCAGGUGUACUUAAUAACCUUCAACUACAUGAGUGUAUAUCUUGACAACUUCCCACUAAAAUCAUUGGACUGUUGUGGUUCAAAAUAAGGACACAAACAUGCAUGACCUCUGUUCCGUUCUUUUUAAAUCUAGGAAAACCAGCAAUAGGAAAACAACCUUCAAAAAAUAAAAUGCCUUCUUUAUUUCCCUUCCUGCUCAGAGGACUGGCAGAGUGAAUUUAUAUACGGUUUGAAAAUUAGACAAACUUUGAUGCAUCAUAUCAGCUCAUGUCCAUCAUUUAAGAUGACAAUAUUUUAAUGCUAAUUGAGUAGUUUUUCUAUCAUGACUUUACCAACUCAUUACAUUUCAGCAUUAAAGCUGUUGCAAGUAUAUGUAUAGAUGCUGGCUAACAUGGACAGUGGCAUUGAAGUAAAAAGGAAACACACUUUUCUAUCUCUGUAAUUAGUUUUAUAUUGUGAUAUUGAUAUAUAUUGUGAUACAGUACAUUUUUUGGAAACUCAAGAAAGGGAGUUGAGAAACUGUUGAUUUAACAAAUAACCAAGCAGGAAUUAGUGUUGGGCUAAUUCAGUUCAUUAAAUGUCUUACAAAUGAAGAUGUCCACGUGAAGUUAUCGCAUUGAUACAACAGUCAUGUCGGUCCAAUUUCAGCAUAAAGCAGUUGUGCUCAUUGUUUUGGCCUCACUGGCCUUAUACAGAUGUUUGAGGGACUGGCAAUAUAAGGAAGAAUCCAGUUCUGAUACGGUGGAUGAAUUAUAAUUAUAUUACCAUAUGUACUGUCACAUCACCAAACCACUUUUACAAUAGAAAAUGUUAAACAAGUGCUAAUGUAAAGUGCUGAAGUGUUUUAAACAGUUUUAAAAAGUUUGCAAAGCUACAAGCAGUUAAAUCUCUUCACUCUCAGAUACACUGACUAUACCCCUCACUUCAGUCAGAACAUUAUGACUAACUGGGAAUUUAAAAUGUGUGGCUUGUCUGAUAGUGAUCUCCAUACCUGUGAAAAGGAGAUGGCCAUUUUUCCUCCUCCAUUUUUGUGUGUAGGUUUCAUUUCAAAACAAACUACCUCCACUGUUGACUCUGUUGAAACUCUCUUUUCCCUCUUUUUAUACUGUCAGAUAGUUUUAGACUGGGCAAUAAUCAUUUUAGUGUGGAUUCUUUGUGUGGAUUUGUAGUCUGGAUAUGCAAUUCUGAAUAAAUAUUGAUUUUUU